UUUUUACCGAGUCUGUGUGUUGAGAGGAAGUGUCGACGGUAAAAUGUUGCGGCCGGCGUUGCUGGUAUUUGCAGUGCUGUUCUCUACAGCGGCGGCCGAGUACUGUACUGAGUACGGGUUCCACUGUCCCCGGAAGACCCUGGGUUUCUGGAACAAUGACGACGAUAACCAGGUCUACUGCUGUAAGAAAACGCGGGAAUGCUGCAAAGACUGCUGGGACGCCAUCGACACCAGCGACUGUACAAAUAUCCUGGACAGCGUCAUAGGACUGGGCACGGCAGUGGUAGUGGGUAUCAUCGUGGCGGUUAUCGCUGUGGUGAUUGUUGUGGUGGUUAUUUGCGUCUGCUGCUGCUGCCAGUGCGCAAAACAGACCAGGAGCCAGGGACAGGUGUACCAGCCACCAAAUCAAGGUCAGCAGAUGGCUAUGACAACACAGCCGGGCCAGUACCCCACCGCCCCCCAAGCCCAGCCCUACCCACCCCCUGACGGGAGCCCAGCCCAGUACCCCCCUCCAGGCCAGUACCCCCCUCCAGGCGGGGAAUACCCCCCUCCAGCUGCCCAGUACCCCCCUCCAAGCGGGGAAUACCCCCCUCCUGGCCAGUACCCCCCUGGAGCCGGCCAGUACCCCGCUCCAGCCUAUCCAGUUGGACCCCCUGCUUACCCACAGGAUGCGGCCUACCCGCAACAGAAGAUGUAA